AUGCUUUUCUUCAGUUUCUUCAAGACGCUCAUAGACCACGAGGUCACCGUCGAGCUCAAGAACGACAUCCAAAUCCGCGGCAUCCUCAAGAGCGUCGACCAGUACCUCAAUAUCAAGCUGGAAGAGAUCUCAGUUGUCGAGGAGCUCAAGUACCCGCACUUGAGUUCUGUUAAGAAUGUCUUCAUUCGUGGCUCUGUCGUACGAUACGUCCACCUUCCCGCCGGUUCUGUAGACGUGCCCCUCUUGGAGGACGCGACGCGGAGAGAGGCUGCUGCCCAGGCCGCAAAGGCGAAAUAG